AUGUUCAAAGCUCUGUCUAAAAUGCUUCGGUCCAUAGACAAGGCCAACCACAACGGGAAGCUCUAUGUGGGUAAGGAUUCGUACGGAAACAUGUUUUACGAACUCACACCUAUGACACAAGGUGGUAGACGUAAACGUAUAUACGAACCCCCGAACGAUGGGACAGACCCACAGCUGAGUAUCACACAGGAGGUCAGUGCACAAUGGCGUAGCUGGCUGAACGGAACAAGGUAGGAAAUCGUUUAUGAUAGAGUUCGACUCGACGUAUUCAUGAUAAAGUUCGGC